AUUCACAAUUUUACAUGCUGGCAAUUUCACAAAGGCCCUAGCCUUUUUCCAUUCAGACUCAGCAAAACACACAUUUCCUCACUUUUCUCAUCUCACGCUCUCUCACUUUCUCUUCAAGAACUGUUCAUCUUCUCAAACCCUAAUCCACCGUCGCCGCUGCAAAAACCUUAAUAUGGCAUAGAUCCUUCUUCUAAACCGUGUAUAUUGUUCACUGAACUCUUCUUCAUCAUCUUCUUUAAGAUCUCUGAUUCUUCUAAAAAACUCUAAUCAGGUAAUGUUACUUUUCUGUUUGAUUCUUGAUUUAAUAGCUAAUGUUAUCUCUCUGAUUCUUGAUUUAUUUGUAUUAAUUAUUUUGUUGGAUUUUGUUUUGACAUGUUUUAUUAUAUGGACUGGAAAUUGGAAAGAUGGAGCAAGGAGAUAGUAGUAGAGAAGUACCACCAGUUGGGUUGGAAAUUAUGGAGCAAGAACAACAAGACACUGCAACUGAGGCUCUUAUCCCUCCUAUUGACCAUAGUAGAAAGAGAAGGAGGCCUAAUGCGGAUGGUCCCAAGAAAAAAUCUUCAUGUUGGGACCAUUUUAUCGAAUUAACUGAUGUUGUGGAACGAACUGCUGCCUGUAAGCAUUGCCAUAAACGAUAUAGAUGUGAUCCUAAAUCACACGGAACGUCUAACAUGCUCGCCCACUCCAAAAUUUGUUACAAAAAUCCUUACCUAGAAAAUGACCUGAAACAAACCAACCUUGCUUUUGGUAGUGGUGGCUUGAUUUCUGUUAGCCCAAAGUUUGAUAAAGAAGCUUGUAGAAAGGCAAUAACUCUGUUUGUUAUCCUUGAUGAACACCCAUUUUGGUGGCUUGAUUUCUGUUAG